AAAAUAAACGUAAGAAAAGGGAAGAAGAAACUGCAGAAAAGCGUGAGAUGCGUCUCAGAAGAGACCAUGAACGAAAACAACAAAAAAGAACAAAGCAUGCUUUAGAAAGUGUUGAUGAACAUCUCAAUCACCAAGAUGAAGUCCCAAACCAAAAUAUUAACAUACCUCACAUAGAACCACUUCCCGUUCUUGCCGAAUCUGACUAA